AUGGAUUUUCUCAAGUCAAUGAAACUGAGAAAGAAAAGCAAUUCGAAAGAUGCAACGAAAAACAAAAAACAACAGGAAAAUUCGACAAAAGUGAAAAAGAAGGGAACCGCUGAUAAAAACAAAAGUAUGAGAUCAACGAAAAAUCGGAAAGGAAGAAAUAACAAACCGCAGAAGAGUAAAAGGGAGAGAAGAAAUUCUCCAAAUAUGGAAAAUGCUAAUCUUGCAAUUAAUAUUUUUGAUCAGGAUACAUUUUCAUUUCGAAUCGAAACGUGCAUUCAUCCGGAACCAUCCAAUCAUACAGUUCUUCAGACUCAGGCAUUUGAGAGUUUUGCAGCGAGUAUUCUGUCAUCUGGAGUAGAAGGACUGAUCAAAGAGUAUACGGAAACACUUCUUCCAUUCGUUCCAGUUGGAUAUUUCGAGAGAAAAAUAUUCGAUCAGAAUACAGAAUUAAAGAAGAAUCGAUACAAAGAUGUGGUUUGCAACGACAAGACACGUGUCAUUUUGAAUGAUGGACGUCCUGGAGACUAUAUUCAUGCAAACUAUCUGAAAGGAUCAAAACCAUUGUAUAUUCUGACACAAGGACCGCUCAAAGACAGUCAAAUGGAUAUGUGGAGAAUGGUUAUUCAAGAAGGAGUUGCUGCAAUUUGUAUGCUUUGUGAACUUGUCGAGCACGGGCGGCCGAAAUGUGAACCGUACUUUCCGGAUGCUGAAGGACAGUCUAUUACUUUCGGAGAGAUUACUGUAACAUGUACAGAGUAUACACUUCCAGAUGUACAUACACAAUUGAAAGCAUUGACAGUUGUUGAUAAGAAGACUGGAAAGACUCAUAAAUUGAAUCAUUACAAGAUUGUUACGUGGCCAGAUAAAACAAUUCCAUUAUCCAAUUUGAGUGUUCUUCGUACCCAUCGAAUUCUUCGAAAAAUGAAUGGUCCAGUUGCUGUUCAUUGCUCUGCAGGAGUUGGACGAACUGGAACAUUUGCAGCAAUCGAAGUGGGAGUACAGUGUCUUUUGAAUGGGAAAACAUUCAGGCCGGUGGACUUGGUGAAGGCAGUGAGACAUUGUCGUCUUCAUAGUGUUCAGAUGGAUACUCAAUAUCUGAUGCUUGUAGAGGCCAUUCUGGAUACUGGAGUCGCCUUUAAAUACAUUGAAGAUUCAAAACUGUUGGAUGCUAUCGAAACUUAUAAAAAACAAACAGCUGAUUACGUCGAAGCACAUCCACCUCCUAUUGACAUGGUCAAAACACCUGUCAAAAAGGAAAAGGAGACUGAAGAGACUCCAGCACCUCCACAGAUUCAACCACAAAGCCCUGCACCAACUAACACCAUCUAUCCGCUUCUGUCUAAUCCAAUUGGUCCACCACCAGGCAAUCCUCCUUCACCUUCUCCAGCUCCGACUCCGAUGUCUCCAAUUGUUCCAGUGAAAGUUCAAGCCCCUCCUGCUGCAAGAUCUCCCAAUCCGGUACUUGUUCAAUAUCCUGUCCCUGCGGAUCCACAGCUCCAACCUCCCGUACAACCACAACCAAUGCCACAAAAUGUACCAAAAAUAUACAUUGCACCGUCUCCUCUUCCCCAAUUGUCUCCGGCUGGACCACAAGGAGCGCAGCAGCCAACAGGUCAAUCUGUGCAUAUGAGUGUUAUUGGGCUCCCGCAGCCACCAAGUUCCAACCCCGGAAACAACAGCCAGUACCUUUGA